UGCAGACGCCGAGACGUGCAACAUGGGAGGCGCUGCGGUGGCGGCGGUGCUGGUAGUGGCGGGCCUCCUGCUGAGUGGCUCCCAGGCGGCGAGCGAGCAGGAGCAGCCGAGCGACGAGGUGCUGCAAGCCGUCACGCUGCUGCAGGGGGCAUCGGGGCACCGAGGGACCUCCGACAAGGGAACGAAGAGGCCGCUGAGAGGCCGCCCACCAACCCCCUUCAAUAACGACAAUGCAGACGGAGGAAGAGGAAGAGGAAGAGGAGGAGGAGGAGGAGGAGGAGGAGAUGAAGGAGGAGGAGGAGGCAAAAACGACGAAGUUACUACCCCAUCGUCGACAUUUGGGCUGCGUGAGAGGGUUGUCAGCACAGCGGCCACCACUCAGCCACCAGCCAAGCGAGAGCGGACACGGACCAGCAAUAACAAGAAGGAGCCGCAGCCCAAGCGUCAGGAAGACAUAUUGAAGGUGCGGCACCCAAAGCGUCAAGAAGACAUCCCGAAGUUGCCGCAACCCAAACGUCAAAAAGAAAUCUCGGAGGUGCUGCAGCCCAAUCCUCAAAAAGAAAUCUCAAGGGUGCCGCAGCCCAGUCCUCAAAAAGAAAUCUCAAGGGUGCCGCAGCCCAGUCCUCAAAAAGAAAUCUCAAGGGUGCCGCAGCCCAGUCCUCAAAAAGAAAUCUCAAGGGUGCCGCAGCCCAGUCCUCAAAAAGAAAUCUCAAGGGUGCCGCAGCCCAGUCCUCAAAAAGAAAUCUCAAGGGUGCCGCAGCCCAGUCCUCAAAAAGAAAUCUCAAGGGUGCCGCAGCCCAGUCCUCAAAAAGAAAUCUCAAGGGUGCUGCAGUCCAAGCGUCAUGGAGACAUCUCGAAGGUGCCGCAGCCAAAGCGCCAAGCAGACAUCUCGAAGGAGCCGCAGUCCACGCGUCAAAGAGGAAAGCCAAAGGCGGUGGAAAGUCAGGCCGCUGGCGACGAGGUGGUGGUCUCGACGACAUUCAGAAAUGGGAGUCGCGGCCGAGCCAGGGUCGUGAAGGUGAAGAGGCCGGUGAGUGGCGAAGCUGAGGGGAGGGAGUUAGAAGUGAAAUUGGAAAAAGAGGUGGAAGAAGAGAAGGAGUCGGAGGUGAAGGAGGAGGCGAAGGAAGAGAUGGAUCUCUCCGUUAUCACGCCUUCCAACGUAGAUUUACUAGGGACCUGGGGCAGACGACUGGCGCCCCUCGAAUCUAAGUCUCACUCCCUCAAGCCUCUCGCUGUGUCUUCAGAGACCAAGAAGACGCAGCCUCCACGCACCCGCCGCCCUGCUCGCCGCCCCUCCACAUUCACCACAGUCUCCCCCACUCCCACCACUACCACAGAGCCCGAGGCCACCACCUACAGGCCCACCAGAAGACCGAAUCUCUUCCCCAGUAGGCGCCGCGGACAGAACAACAGAAACAGACUCACGCCACAUCGCAACGGUACCAGGACUCCCCCCAAGGACACUCUACUGGGGAGCAACACUGAGGACGACGACGAGGAAGAUAUCGAAGUGUUGGAUGAUGUCCCGCGCCUCCCGCAGGUUAAGCCUCUCUUCACACCCACGCCUCCACCCUUCAGCUUCCUAACGCCGCGCCCCACGCCCCUUCCAUUGCCCCAAGUGCCCACCGCCACGCCAGGUUUUUUCGGCCAACCGGUUAUCACCACCCACCGCCCCCCAAUAACCUUCACCACACCGGGCACUCUGGGUACUUUCACUUCUCUGCCGGGCACCUUCACCUCACCUAUCGCAUUCGUCACCACCCCCUUCACGCCUCUUAGACUCACCCCUUCCAGCGUCCCGGUGGUCAGCUCCCCGUUCUCGUCUCCCCGCCCCUUCCUGUUCACCCCCAGUGUUACCACCUCACCCUUCGCCUCCGUCACGCCAAGCAUCUUUACAGCUAUUAGUCCAGCUGUACCACCUUCCCCCUCGUUAUCUUCUUCCUCCCCCUCACUUCCUUCCCCUCGAGCCCCAUUCAUUUCCUCCAAUCCGGCCCAGUUUCCAGUAUCCUCCUCACCACAGUUACCAUCGUCAUUUCCUUCUGCAUUCACCACCACCAACUCCCCCUCCUUCAGCACGCCGCGGCCACUCCUCGUCACCACCUCUCAUCCAGCCUUUGUCACCACCUCCCGCCCCUCCUUCUUCACCACCCCCCGGCCGUCCUUCUUCACCACAUCUGAACCUUCCUUCAAUAGGAUUCGAAGACCAAACAUCGUCAACUCUUCUGGCCACCCUUCACAGCCAUCCACCCCGAGACCUUUUUCUUCGCAGCUUGAAAACUCGAACCCUGGACUGUCAAGCUUCUUCGAGUCCUCAAGAACACAGUCCCAGCCGCACGAGCUCUCAGGACGACAGCAUUCAGUGUCCACUCAGUUUGGGAAUACGCCAGGGCAGCAGGGACGGCCAGGAGCACCCACCAGUUUCGUGACAUCGCACCAAAGCCCCCCGACGUUGCAGCCUGUGCCUUUCCGCUCUCUCCCUUCUGCUGGAGUGUCACGGCCCUCGCAGUCUCCCUUCCACCAGACAGAGUUCUCCUCCCCCCAUCGAGUCUCCCCAACCUCCCCGAGCUUCUCCCCGACUCCCACACCCUCCAGACUGGGCUUCACCUCCUUCCCAUCGGCGUUCGUUUUCCACCAGCCUACAACACCGACCCCUAGGCCUUUUGUUACUGUGUCCACGCCGCAGCCAUCCUUUAGGACCCCGGAGAACCACGUUGAUCCUUUCCAUUUCCAGCAAGAUGGCGGGACUGACCCCUUCAGCUUCCUCAAGACAGAGCACCAGCAGAACACAAACUUCCUUCCUGACAGAUCGGAAACACCACCACAGCACACGUCGUCCGUCUCAACCUCCUCCCCAAUGGCGCCUUUCUUCCGCUUCUUCUCCACCAGGCCACCUCGCGCGCCCUCAACCACCCUUCCACCAGCUUCCGCGAGUCAUUUUAGUGGGUCCUUCCAGAGUUUCAAUGUUCCGACGCCUGCAUCGCAUUCACAGCCUCAGGACACGAUCCCCGACGUCUUCCCACACCCGACGACGCAGACACCGACGACCGUUCUUAGCCCAGUGAACCUCCUCCCCCAAGACACGUUCUCCCCACUGAAAGACUCCGUUAACCUGAACACUGCACCCAAGACACCCCUCCCCAAGCCCAGAGCUCCCCCGCCCGCCUCGCCGUUCUUCUCCGCCUUUGGUAGCUUCCUCCCUGGCGAGGCGGGUCAGGGGCCGAAGGAUAACUUUCAAACUAAAGGUAAUGUCGACACAAAUUCACGCAGUCCACAAACACUAGUCCCCUCACACACACCUGACACACACAUCACACAUACCCGCCCCUCGCCCACCCCUGCCCACCGAAACCCCAACCCCAACACCUUCACCCGCACAGGAGGCAACACACGUGACCGGACAGUAACACGGGGCAGAAAUACACACUUGGGCAAUAGUAACACGCACCACAUUGCUGUCACUGCUGCACCUGCUACUGAUCCUGAAGUUGAUGAUGAGGUUAAUAUCUCCGCACACCUAAACAGAGAUAUUUCUCGACUUAGCACUAUCAGCAGAGGUAGUAGUAAGAGUAAUAGCAAAAGUAACAGUCCCUCCUCUUUUGCCUCCUUCAAUUUCUCUUUCGGCAAUAGAGAAGUUUCUGCUUUCAAAAGUGACAGGACUCAGAGCUUCAAAGAAAACGGAGAUCAAACAACGGUAAAUAAUCUAAACGCAGGAACCCAAAAUGACGAGGGAGACUUAGCUAUACCAAGCGAUGAAAACAGAAACACAGAGAACGUUAGUGACAGGGACGGAAGGAAUGAAAGAAUCGACAGUAAAGACAAAAUCAACACAAGCAACACUCGAAACAGGAACAGCAACACACCUAACCGCCCCAUUAUUAACAGAGGCAACACAAAAUUUCUUGCUGUCGAGGAAAUACAGGAAAUCAUUGAAGGGGAAAGGGAGUUGUUAAGUGGAGGGAAAAGAAAGAAUGAUUAUGAUGAUGAUGAGAGCGAGGAGAGAAAUGUAAGAAGCGAAGGAGAAGGGGAAGCAGAGGGAGAGAGGGCCGAGGAUGAAGAUGAAGAAGGAGAUGGGAAUGAAGGAAGUGAAGAGGACGUUCGUAAGCUCCCUUCACCCCCUGUCAUUGAAUUCGGGGGUUUUAUUCCGAUGAAAACCAACCCCACGCCACUCCCUAAGCGUGUCCCUUCCCCCCGGUUAAAGCACUUCCUUCGUCCUUCUCCUCUUCCACCCUCAGCCUCCUUCUCCUCCUCCUCCACCUCCCCUUCACCCUCACCUAUCCCUUCACCUCGUGCAGUUCCCAUCGGCAGCAACCCCUCCCCCUCCCCCUUCUCAAAGCCCAUCACCCUCCUCUCCUCACCCUCCUCCAAGCCCAUCACCCUCCUCUCCUCCCACUCCUCAAAGCCCAUCACCCUCCUCUCCUCCCACUCCUCAAAGCCCAUCACCCUCCUCUCCUCCCCCUCCUCAAAGCCCAUCACCUCCCUCUCCUCCCGCUCCCCUCCCCCAACCAGCAUCCACCCCCGAAUCACCACCUUUCGCGGCCCCCUCCCUUCUUUCCUUCAACACCCAACCACAACACCAACCACCACCACCACUACCUCCUUACCGGAUCUCUCUCUCUUCCCCAACACAGUGACGACCACGAACAUCAGACCACCACGACAACGACCACUACCCCCUACGACCUCGAGACGACAGGACGGCCCCCACCCCGACACCGACGCCCUCCCACCACCACCACGACCCCCGCUCAGUCCUGCAGGAAAGAGUGACGAUGAGAUAAUGCGGUCACUCUCCCAGCAGUCCUCCGUGACCGGGAAAUCCUAUAUCUUCUUCCGCACCGGCAAUAACAUGUACCAGGUAGUGUGGCAGUGAUUACAGGUGGGACAGGUGAAGAAGUUAAUCCUGCCUCCACGGUUAUCCCUAUCUGAUGUAACCUGUGCUCUCUCUCUCUCUCUCUCUCUCUCUCUCUCUCUCUCUCUCUCUCUCGUCACAGGUGGUCAGUCUCGGCAAAUCUAACUGUAGGAGUAUUCAUGUCAUUCCUUGUGUCUAGUCAAGAGUUCAAAGCGGCUGGUGGUGCGUGUGUGUGUGUCAUUGUGUGGGGAUAUGCGUCUCUCUCUCUCUCUCUCUCUCUCUCUCUCUCUCUCUCUCUCUCUCUCUGUAUGUGUGUGUGUGUGUGUGUGUGUGUUGCUAUAAAUCUUCCCAUCCAUCAACCUAGCAGGCUGGCGAACUAAAUAUAUCAAUGCCUACUUCCAUCCCUCAAAAGGACGUGUAAAUAGUUAUGGUAAUGCACUCUAUAUUAUUAUGUCUAUUUUUGUAAAUAAAU